AUGGACGUGUGGGGCCCUGCCCGCGUCCGUGGACUCGGUCACGAGCGCUACUUCCUGCUGGUGGUUGACGACUACUCGCGUUUCACCACAGUCUUCCCCUUGCGCAGCAAGGGUGAUGUCACCGAGGUGCUGAUCGACUGGAUCCGCGCAGCUCGUCUCCAGCUCAGGCAGAGCUUUGGCUCAGACUUUCCUGUGUUGCGUCUGCACUCAGACAGAGGCGGAGAGUUCUCCUCUGGCCUUCUGCGUGCCUUCUGUCGUGCGCGAGGCAUCCGCCAGACCUUCACAAUUCCGGACUCACCGCAGCAAAAUGGGAUUGCAGAGCGCCGCAUUGGCAUGGUCAUGGACGUCGCUCGUACGUCUAUGAUGCAUGCGGCUGCCCCCCAUUUUCUAUGGCCGUUUGCGGUCAGGUACGCGGCGCAUCAGAUCAACCUCCACCCCAGGGUCUCGUGGCCGGAGACCUCCCCAGCCCUGCUGUGGACGCGGAAGGUUGGCGAUGCGUCGGCGUUCCGGGUCUGGGGAUCUCGGGCGUUUGUCCGCGACUUGUCUGCGGACAAGCUGUCCCCUCGCGCUGCUCCCUGCGUCUUCCUGGGGUUCCCCCCCGACGCCCCUGGGUGGCAGUUCUACCACCCCACCUCUCGACGUGUUCUGUCCUCCCAGGACGUCACGUUCGAUGAGUCGGUACCCUACUUCCGCCUCUUCCCCUACCGCACUCCUUCCCUUCCCCCGCCCCCGCUCUUCUUGGUACCAGGUCCCCCCCCGGUAGACCCCCUCCCCCCUCAGGGUCCUGCCCCUUCAGGUGUGUCCCAAGUAGACGCGGUCGAGCCUGUCGAGGUCACUCGUGACUCUGGUGCUGCUGCGGGAGCUGAGCCUGGGGGUGCUGAGCCAGGGGGUGCGGAGUCUGGGGGUGCUGAGCCUGGGGGUGCUGAGCCUGGGGGUACUGAGCCUGGGGGUGCUGAGCCUGGGGGUGCUGAGCCUGGGGGUACUGAGCCUGGGGGUGCUGAGCCUGGGGGUGCUGAGCCUGGGGGUGCUGAGACUGGGGGUGCUCCGCCUGGAGAGCCACUCUCCCCACAGGAGCUGCGUGAGUGGUUUGCCCGGCGCUGGAGGCGUGCUGCUGGUGCUGGAGGUUCUUCGGCUGCAGAGGGUGCUGCUGCCGUGCGUCCCGGAGGUGCUCGUGCUGUAGGUGUUGGAGCUGCUGGGUCUGCGGGUUCUCCUGGAGCUGGUACUACUGAGGGUGUUGGCGCUGAGACUACUGCUGGCGGUUCGACUGGCAGUGCUCCUGGUGCUGCUGGGGGUGCUGGAGGUGCUGCUGGAGGUGCUGCUAGAGCGGGUGCUCCUGCUGGGGGUACUGGUGCUGUCCCUGCUGUUUCUGGCGUCGCCACGCGGCCCCGACCGUACUUCGUUCCGCUCCUGCAGCAGGUUCUUGGUCUGACACCUUCUCCUGGUCCUCCUCCUCCUCCCUUAGAGGGUCCACAGCCAGUCCCGUCACGGUUACAGCUACAGCGUGCCUCCCCUUUGCCUGCUCCUUCUCCCUACGCUGGUCCGACUGGAGGUCUUACUGAGCGUCGUGAGCCUGCGUCUCGUCCUGCGUCGCUUGUUCGCACUACACGCACUAGUGGUCGCGGUUCAAGUCAGCGUCCUCCUCCUGUCCCUAGCACGCACCGGAUGUCUCUACGUCCGUCUACAGCUCCUCUGCGUGCCCCUUUGCCUUCUCCUCCUGCUUCCUCUCUUCCUGAUCUUGCCGACCCGGAGUCGGACUCUCUUCGUGCUGCCAGUCCCACUGUCACGCGUCUCCUUGCUACUGCUGUCACUGACCCUUCCUUUGAGUCUUCUGCUGCGUCUGCCCUUGUCACUGAGCUUGUCGACUUUGCUGCGCGCUGUCGUCUAGACUACGCUGCUAGUCUUGUCGCUGAGUCUGAGUCUGCCUGUCCUUCGUCCGUCGAGGGUGAGUGUGCCCUAGGCACGGACGUCCUUGAGGACAGGAAGGAGGAGUUCCAGUGUCUCGCAGCCGCUUCACCUCAUCUCGCGUCUGUACUACUCGCCCCUGAGGGAGACCCGGAUGCACUUGACUUCCCGACUCCGCGAUCUUACGCGGAGGCGAUAGAGGGUCCCUACUCCUCUCAGUGGCAAGCAGCUAUGGAUGCAGAGAUGGCUUCAUGGAAGUCCAUAGGCACCUACGUUGACGCUGUUCCCCCUCCUGGGGCGAACAUCGUCAGUGGCAUGUGGAUCUUCAGGGUGAAGCGGCCGCCGGGCUCUCCGCCUGUCUUCAAGGCUCGUUACGUGGCUCGUGGCUUCAGUCAGCGACAGGGAGUUGACUACUUUCACACCUUCUCCCCCACCCUGAAGAUGACCACUCUUCGGGUAUUGCUGCACGUUGCUGCUCACCGCGACCACGAGCUGCACUCUCUCGACUUCAGCACAGCUUUCUUGCAGGGCAGCCUGCACGAGGAGAUCUGGCUGCGUCGCCCACCUGGCUUCACUGGGUCUUUCCCUCCUGGUACCCAGUGGAGUCUCCGGCGUCCAGUCUAUGGUCUCCGCCAGGCGCCACGUGAGUGGCACGACACACUGAGGACUACGCUUGCGGCACUUGGGUUUGCUCCUUCUACUGCCGACCUGUCGUUGUUUCUGCGCACCGACACCUCUCUACCGCCGUUCUACAUCCUCGUGUACGUCGACGACUUGGUCUUUGCCACAGCUGACACUGCUGGACUCGCCUACGUGAAGUCCGAGCUGCAGAAGAGACACACGUGCACUGACCUGGGUGAACUGCGCAGCUACCUUGGCUUGCAGAUCACCCGAGACAGAGCACGCCGCACCAUUACCCUGACUCAGUCACACAUGGUGCAGCAGGUCCUUCAGCGCUUCGGCUUCACGUACUCCUCGCCUCAGGCCACUCCUCUGCCUACUCGCCACUCGCUCUCAGCUCUGCCUUCGGAUGAGUCCGUAGAGUCGAGUGGCCCGUAUGCAGAGCUUGUUGGCUGCCUCAUGUACCUGAUGACCUGCACACGACCUGACCUUGCAUACCCUCUCAACAUUCUCGCGCGCUAUGUUUCUCCUGGGAGACACCGACCAGAGCACAUGGCUGCAGCGAAGAGGGUGUUGCGCUACUUGUGCAGUACGUCGGGCAUGGGGCUAGUGCUUGGAGGGCGCAGUCCAGUGGUCCUCACUGGGCACGCGGACGCUUCUUGGGCUGACGACCAGGCUACGCAGCGGUCGUCACAGGGUUGCACCUUCGGCCUUGGUUCCGGCUCUGUCUCGUGGCGGGCUACUCGCUCGUCUUCUGUUCUCGGCUCCAGUUGUGAGGCUGAGAUCUACGCCGGGGCUAUGGCUGCUCAGGAGCUUCGCUGGCUCACCUACCUGCUGACCGACCUUGGAGAGCCGCCUUGUUCUCCUCCAGUGCUGUACGUAGACAACAAGGCCAUGCUGGCCUUGUGUCGAGAGCAGCGACUGGAGCACAGGACAAAGCACAUUGCUCUCCGCUACUUUCUUGCUCAUGAGCUACAGCAGCGUGGACAGUUGCGACUUGCGUACGUGGCCUCUGAGGCCAACACUGCUGAUGUCUUCACCAAGGCACUUGCGCCUUGUGAUCAUCAGCGUUGCUGCACGCAGCUGGGUCUUGUGCCUGUCUUGCCUCACUUGCUCACUUCUUGA